ACCCCCCUCCAGCACUCAGAACAUGGAACCCACCGCUCUGUGACAUCAGCCCCGGCACCGAGGGCACCAAGGACACCGUGGCUGCUGUGGGCAUUGCGGCUGUGGCUGUGCUGCUGCACGGAGCCCUCAGUGCUUGCUGCUCACACGAGCCUCUGGCAGCCAUGAACUGGCUCAGCCUCCUCGUCCUGAUGACCGUGGCCGGGCUGGUGCACGGGACAUGGGACAAUUGUGGAGGAACCUGUGGGCUCCGAGCUGUGGUGUCUGACUAUGGCCUCAUGACUUACUACUAUGGCAACCUGGCUUAUGACAACGGCAUGACACGCAUUGUGGGUGGCACAGGUGCCCUGCCAGGGGCCUGGCCAUGGAUCGUCAGCAUCCAGCAUCCCUGGGCACCAGACCGGGGGCAUUGGUGUGGAGGGUCUCUCAUCGGCACUCAGUGGGUCCUCACAGCAGCCCACUGCUUCGACAAGUUUGAUAACAUCAGCAUGGUGUACGUGGUGAUUGGAGCCACCCAGUUGUCUCAGCCGGGCCCUGGGGCACAAAUACGCAGUGUCAAGCAGUUGGUGAUACACCAGUACUACAAUCCUGCUGACAUGAGCUAUGACAUUGCCUUGCUGGAAUUGGACCAUCCUGUCCUGUGCAGCCCCUACAUCCAGCUGGCCUGUGUGCCUGAUGCCACACUGAGAUUGUCGGAGCUGCAGAACUGCUGGGUUGCUGGCUGGGGUUCCACCGCUCCAAGAGCUCAAGAAUCAAGUGAUCACCUGCAGGAGGCCAAGGUCCAGCUCAUCGAUCUGCAACUCUGUAACAGCAGUGGCUGGUACGCUGGGAAAAUCCAUACCCACAACUUGUGUGCUGGUUACCCACAGGGAAACAUCGACACCUGCCAGGGUGACAGUGGUGGUCCUCUCAUGUGCCAGGACAACCACGCUGACUCCUGGUGGGUUGUUGGAGUGACCAGCUGGGGAAGAGGCUGUGCCAGAGCAAAGCAGCCUGGAGUCUACAUCUCCACUCAGUUCUUCAGCAAUUGGAUUCAGGUCCAUACCGGCUCAAACACAGUUAGAAGUGAUUCUCCAACAUCACAAGCCUGGAGUCAUUUUCUGACUGCCCACCAAACAACCCAGAAGCCAUGGUCAACACGACCCCCCACUUAUAAGCCAUGGACAACACCACCUCCCACUUAUAAGCCAUGGACAACACUACUUCCCACUCAUAAGCCAUUGCCAACAUCAUUUCCCUCUCAUAAGCCAUGGACAACACGACCCCCCACUUAUAAGCCAUUGCCAACAUCAUUUCCCACUCAUAAGCCAUGGACAACACGACCCCCCACUUACAAUCCAUGGCCAACACCACUUCCCACUCAUAAGCCAUGGCCAACCCAACCCCCCACUCAUAAUCCAUGGCCGACACCAAUCCCCACUCAGCAGCCAUUGCCAACACCCUCUCAAAAGCCUUUGCCAACAGCGCUCCCCACUCAAAAGCCAACACCAUCAAAUGAGGCUAGCUCCUGCCCAUUUCCACUCAACAAGCUGGUAGACUUCUUUACUAAAGUGAAGCAGCUCCUUCGUGAGGUCCUUGGACAAAACACAGCUUGAGGCAGGAUCCAGGGCAGGCUGCAGAGUACCUCAACCAUUUCCUGCUGGGGCAAUGCCUGCUGAUCCAAAGGCAGCCUCAGGGUCAAAAAUCUGCUCUGUCCUGACUACACUCCUCUCCAGUGUGCAGGCAAAUACUGGAGUUGUCUAAGUUGUUGAAAUAAAAUUACCUAUGCUCAAAGUGAA